ACAAUAUCUGAAAUUUUACGAAAAAGAAUUCGAUAUCCUGAUUUGAAUAGCUCAAUCAUAUCUCGGCGGAGUUAGUCAUGUACGAUUCUGCACGAGAUACAUUCACGCCUUCGGAUGAUGCCCCGACGGGUGAAAAUCCUCAAAAGGAUGAAGCACCAGCCGCCGCUCCUCCGAGAAAGGAGCGCUCAAGUGACUACGCAUCUCCUAUACCAAUGACUACAGCGAAUUUGCCGCGUUUUGCUCGCAAGAGGCAGGAUCAUGGCUCCGAUUCGCGCUCGCCGCGCCCUUCACGUCGCUCACCAGACCCGAACGCGAGAAAGCGCAGACGCUCUCCAACACCACCCUCGCGGAGGUCACACUCACCUCGAUCUGCCCGACGCACUCCAACGCCUCCACCGCGAUCACCUCCGCGGAAGUUAAAGCGCCCGGGAGGUGCAUCUCGCAUCAAUGCAGCGGAGAAAGAAGCUGUCAGGCAGAGACAGGUGCAGCGUGAACAGGAAAAGUUGCGGGAAGCAGAGGUGGCAGCUGCGACCAGAGGAGUGCACGAUGUCGUAAGGCAACAUUACAAUGCAGUCCCGGAGCGAGGCCGAGACUGGCGGAAAACGGACAGCAGAAUCAAGGGACUUCGAAGUUUCAACAAUUGGGUGAAGAGUACGAUCAUCCAAAAGUUCUCACCAAACGAGGACUAUACGCCUGGCGGUGCCGGCAAUUCAUCAUGGGCGGAGGGACUCGAGGGCGGUGGCAUGCACGGGGAUAGAGGCAUAAUUGUCCUCGAUGUUGGUUGCGGCAAGGGAGGCGAUCUUGGCAAAUGGCAGCAAGCUCCCCAACGCGUUGAUCUAUACGUUGGAGUGGAUCCUGCUGAGAUUUCUAUCGAGCAAGCACGAGAGAGAUAUGCGCAAAUGGUUUCUGGCGGUGGGCGUGGCGGAAGGGGAGGACGGGGUGGAUUCCGAGGUGGAAGGCCUCAGCGAGUCCUUCCGGCUGAAUUUUUCGUCAAAGAUGCGUUUGGAGAGUGGCUUGGGGAUAUCCCCAUAAUCCAAGAGGUUGGAAUUGACCCCAACAGUGGUCCCGCAGGGGGGGCAAUGAACGCGCGUUGGGGAGGCGGUGGCUUCGAUGUGGUGUCGAUGAUGUUCUGUAUGCACUAUGCAUUCGAAAACGAAGAAAAGGCUCGUGGGAUGCUACGGAACGUUGCUGGAUGCCUGAAAAAGGGCGGACGCUUCUUGGGUGUGAUACCCAAUUCAGACGUGCAUAGCGCCAAGGCAAUUGAAUACCACAAGCGCAAGGCGAAGGAAGAACCGAACGGGUCGGGCGGCGGCCAAGGCGCAUCCUCCGAUGGUCAAGACGGCGCUGCUGAAGAUAAGCCAGAAGAAGGAGAGGUUGAAGAGGGACUCGAGUGGGGUAACAGUAUCUACCGGGUGAGGUUUCCCGGCAAGACGCCUGACGAUGGCACCUUUAGGCCGCCAUUUGGCUGGAGGUAUAGCUACUUUAUGCAGGAAGCAGUCGAGGAAGUUCCUGAAUACGUUGUUCCCUGGGAAGCAUUCCGAGCGAUUGCGGAUGACUACAAUUUAGAGCUGCAAUACCGCAAGCCAUUCCUGGAUAUAUGGAAUGACGAAAAGGAUGAUCCUAUCCUUGGACCUCUCAGUGAACGCAUGGGAGUUAGGGGACGAGGCCGGGGUCCGUUGCUAGUCUCUGACGAGGAAAUGGAAGCAGCCGGCUUCUAUCAUGCUUUUUGCUUUUACAAGGUAUAGUGGAUAGUAUACGAUGUUAGGGAUUGGCGUUUUAGUCUGGGACGGCAUUUUGAAACAUUGCAGACAAGGUGAUGUCUGAAACGGUGCAUCAAAUCAUGACUGUGUAUUAUCAAUGGCUUGCUAUUGUCUGUCAAAAAUGGAUGCUUCAAAGCUUGGGAUUCAGAUAAUAUUGUGCUGUG